AUGACGAAGACGCCAAGAUCCAUCGACCUCUUCUCCAAGGUUGGCAUGGAGUCGCUGUCCGACGCAGCCGCCUGUGUCAUUCAGCAGACGUUCUAUGCCCUGCAGAGUGGGCAGCGCUGCAGGCAAGCGAUGGGAUGUGCAAAGACCCUCGUGGCCGAAAUUGUGAACACUGCCGCCGAGUCCGUAGCCCUCCGGAGCGCCGCAGCGCCCAAGAUCCAAAAGGUCUUCCGAGGCUUUAGCGUACGGAAGAACAAUGUCCUGCAAAAGCGAUGGGAGCUUCAUUUCAGCGCGAAGAUCGCUCCGAUCCUUGCUGUCCAGCGGUGCGCCAAAAAGUUCACCGAGACCAAAUGGCUUCAGCGCUUCAUCCGGGAUUGCUCCACUCACACAGCGGCUGCCAAGAUUCAAGCGCGGUGGCGCGGGAUCUGGGCCAGAAAGCACGCUGCUCGCCUAGCCGAAGAGGCAGUUUGGCCCGUCAAGGGAUGGUUCGAGUACACCGGGAUGGGACGCGACUGUGUUCAAGUGAACGUGAAGUUCUUCCCCAAUCCGGGGUUCGAUGCAUAUCGGCACUUCCGGCAGUAUGGGCGAAACCAGAGUCUCCUGGAGCGCCUUCAUGAGAUGCAGGCCGAGAUUGACAGCUGCAUCCGGAUGUACAUGGGCCCCGAGGAGUUCGCAAGGAUGGAGGCCCGUCAAGCAGCUGCCGCUGCUGCGGAGACCGCAGCGGCGGAUGCAGCGAGGGAGCAACGCGAGGCCGCCGAUAUGGCGCGGGCCGACGACGAGUCGCGAAGUGUGGAAGAUGCAGUGCGUUCAGAGGAGGAGGCUCGCGAGGCAGCUGCCGAGGCUGAGCGCCAGCGCCUGGCUGAGGAGGCGGCGCGGAGAGAAGAGGAGGAGAGCAUCAGCAAAGUCAACGAGGCCUUGGCGAACUUCGAGGCAGCUGCUGAGGAGGCGGCCAUGGCAGAGGUCGCAGAGCAAGAGGCAACAUCGUCAGCGACCGGCGAGGCAGUAGAGGGCGAGGCUCCUCCAGCUUCCACUGCUGAAGCUACGCAGCAGGCGCCGACAGCAGAAGCCUCCGCCGAUCAGGACGUUGGAGACCAGCCGGCGACGUCUGCAGCAGCGACUUCUGCAACAAAGGUUCCUCGAGCCUCCAUUGCUGAAGCUGUCGAGGGGCUGGCGGCGGAAACGACAGCCGAUCAGGCGGCCUCGGCGGCUGAAAAGACCCUGGAGCUUGCGAAGGAGGGCAGAGAAGAUGAAGGCGAGGGGGUAGGGGAUAAAAGGUUCCUCAAAUUCAGGAUCAGGAUGUCUUGA